AGUAGUCAAGUUGGGAUAUCCAAAAUGGCUGCCUGAAGUGUUUUUGUUUUCCCAAAUUUCUCCAAAUCAAGAAUUAUUCUCAGAAAUCUUCCGAAGCUGCGUUAUCGCCUUUUGUUUCCUGCCUCAUCCGUUCCUGGAUUGACAAGGGCGUUGCUGAAAGAUCUAGAUAUCCAGCAGACUUUCCAAGAUGGCUGCCACAAAGGAAACGACCUUCAAGUUCCCCAACAUGGCGGCCAGCUUCGUGAAGCACCUGAACGACAUGCGUCAGCGCGGGCAGCUCUGCGACCUGACGGUGGUCGUCAUGGGGAUGCAGUUCCCGUGCCACCGCGCCGUCCUGGCGGCCUGCAGCUCGUAUUUCCGCUCAGUCUUCACUAGCGGUGGGGAGGUUCCCAACGAGCUCCACCUUCCCACCAUGAAGGUCGACACCUUCUCCAAGAUCCUCGACUUCAUGUACACUCACAGGCUGACGCUGAAUGCCGGUAACACGGGGGACAUACUGGUCGCCGCCACCAUGCUAAACCUAGAAAACGUGGUGGACGUCUGCUCGCAGUACCUCAAACGCAGCAUGGCUUCUAUGGCCAUGGCCAUGAACUCCUCAGAGACUCAGACCACAGCAUCUUCCAGUACGGAGGGGGGUUCACACGACCGGCCGAGACAAGUCGCAUCAUUCGCGGACAGCCAGGAUUACGGUAUAGACUACUUUGGGUCUACCGCGUCCUUCCAGUCUGGUCGUUCUGUCGGUAGUAGUCGUGUCGAGUCGCCCAGCGCCAACCCCCAUUCCACCGGGUCACCGCACAGAAAGGAAUCCACCCCACAGUGGGACACACCAGUCAUGAAGGUGGAGCCUGAUCAGUUGGAGCCUUCUGAGGACAGCAGCACAUCUUCAACUGCUGGGGGCGAGUUGAGGUCGACACCCAUGCAGGUACAGGGCAGAUACACUGAUGUCAGAGAGAGGGCUGUAGACACCGCUGGGGAUGGACUGCAGUUACAGAUAGGAGGUGUGACAUCCUGGUCCACAGAUGGGAACAUGCUACAGAGAGACGGCAGUGCCACGCUGUCAGCCGCCCCAACACAGGACCCCUACAGCCCAUCCAUGCAGGUCCCUGGCACAGCAAAGCGUACAGAUGAUCUGGGGAAGGUGUACUACGCCUGUCCGGUGUGUGACAGUACUUUCACAUGGAAAUCCAGUCUGCAGCGCCACAUGCACAACCACUCCAUGUGGAGACGCCACGUCUGCCAGGUUUGCGGGAAGUCGUUUGCGCGGAUGGACGUGCUGAAGGACCACAUGCUGCUCCACCUGGCGGAGAAGCCCCACAAGUGCGACAUCUGCGGCCGCAAGUUCACCCACAAGAAGAACCUGAAGAUGCACGUCAUGCGCCACAUGGGCGGCUCCCCCAUGACCUGCAAGAUCUGCCACUACCGCUACGCCACCGUGGCCGGCCUGCGCAACCACAUGAAGAUCAAACACGACGCCGAGCUCGUGGAAGCCCAGGGUCCGGACGGGGACGGAACACCACAGUGUGCAGACAUGGCGUCACCCUCGGAGCUGUCGUCCAUUAACGUGGAUCAGGGCACCCCCAUGGAAGAGAGUGGUAACAGCCCAGGGGAUGGGGUACAGCACGAGCUCUCAUCUGUAGGCAUGGACCAGAACACCCCUGUGGACGACAGUGGGAAUGGCCCACAAGAGUAGUCCAUGGGCUUUUGCUAUAAGUCUAUAGACCAGAGACCAAAGCUAUAACUAGUUUUUGCCUAAUGGAACUUUUUAUCUGUAAGCAUAGACCAGAACACCCCCAUAAGAUACAGUGGAAUGGCCCAGAGGACAGGGUACAGCAAGAGCUGUCAUCUGAAUGCAUGGACCAGAACACCCCUGCGGAUGACAGUGGGAAUGGCCCGUAAGAGUAGUCCAUGGACUAUGUCUAGGGACCAGGGCUAUGUGAUGAUGAUGAUGGCUGGAAAUCUAGAGAGAAUGUACAAUAUCUAAAUACACAUUCCUGAUAACUAAGUAAUCUGUAUCCAUAUAGCCGGUAUUACCGCCCUUUGGCACACAACAGCUUCAGAAGUUAUGUCUAAUUUUUAAAUAAUGGAACUUUUAUCGUUAAGCAUAGACCAGGACACCCCCAUGGAAGGAAGUGGAAUGGCCCAGAGGAUGUGGUACAGCAAGAACAAACCAUGGGCUUGGGAUCUAGACUUUUACUCUUCUUACUACAUGUAUUUAUUUAUUUUAGUGCAAUUACUGAAUUAUGACUAGGCACUCUCUUCUGUAAGCAUAGACCAUGGCAACACUACAGCAAGAACUAAUCAUGUACUAGAUACUUUUUUACUGUCUUUGCUGUACAUAACAGUUGUAUUUGCAGAUGUGCAAUUACUGAAUAUUUAUAUGUAAGCAAAGACCAAACCCCCCCUGUGGAGGACAAUGGGGAUGGCCCAGAAGAUCACGGCCUUACUGUUGUACAUUCUUACAGCUACCAUUAAGAAUCAAUGGCAAUGCUGGUGAUGAUGUUUAGAUAAUUUUCUAUUUUGACAUUUUAGCAAAGGAGCUGCAAAUACAGAGAAACAGUGUUAUCAAGAUAGUCUUAAGACUCUCAAUCUUAGUUAUUUGCUUCUGGACAAAAUUUCAGUAGCAUUAUUUAUAGAAGGAGGACAAAAUGGCAACAGAGUGUAUUAUCACAUUAAAGGAAUAAAAGCACUGCCUGAAACUGUA